AUGACGGUGGAAAGGAUAAAACUACUUAGGAAUAAGAGGGACGCUGUUGUGAAUCAGAUGAGGCGUGAUAUCGCUUUGCUUCUCCAAUCCAUUGAGGAUGCCACCACCCGCGUUCGUGUACGUAUUUACACUGUUACACACUCAUUAUCUUUAUUUUUAACAAGUGGGGAAUGUCAGUUGGAUCUAAAAGAAGGAAUUGCAAGUCUCAUUUUCGUCGGACCUCGAUGCUUAGGCAUUCCUGAAUUGCAGACAAUUCACAAAAUCUUUGAGAAGAAAUACGGAAAAGAUUUCGUCUCUGCUCUAAUUAAAAAGAUUUCUGUUAGAACCCCAUCUGGAGAGAUUAAAUUAAAGAUCAUGAAGGAGAUUGCUAAAGAAUAUAAGAUUGAAUGGGAUACGACUGAAACUGAAAUCGAGCUUCUCAAACCUCCUGAACAACACAUUGAUGGACCAACUGGGUUUGCUAGUGCCAACAAUCUACUUCUGAAAUUUUCUUUAUUACUUGGAUCCCGAGAUGGUGAGGGAAGAAGAUGA